AUGGCCAAAUUUAUUCAUGUGUGCUUAUAUGUAAACUCUGAAAAAACGAUCCAGUUUGUUUUCACUGCCAUGGGUACAGUCGAUGCCGCUCAUCCAAUUCAUUUGCACGGGCACACUUUUCAUGUUGUGAAGAUUGGCUAUGAGACUGGUUUCGUUGCUCAGAGAGAUGGACCUGUGUGCGAUAAGAAACUUUCUAUUCAUAAUCCCGAUAUUCAAUGUGGAGACUCUUGUGGUGGAAGUGUGUGUCCAAUAAAUGGCUGCGAUCCAAACCGUUGCACCAAGCCUGGAUGGACGAAUGGAGAGUCUCCAGAUAUGCAGAUUCACAGUAAAACAAUUCGUAAAGAUACCGUUAUUCUUCCUGCUGGUGGAUAUGUCGUUAUCAACUUCAAGUCCGAUAAUCCGGGACAAUGGUUCCUUCACUGUCACAUUGAGGUACAUCAGCUUCCUGGGAUGGCCCUCAUAAUUAAUGAAGCUCAGGAUAAAUAGAAGCUCCUCCAGUUGCCAGAUAACCUAAACAAGUGUGGAGACUUUAACUUGAGCAUGGAGCAGUACUUGAAGCUUACUAAAGGAACUGCAAAAGCUGCCAAUUUUCUUUGAAUUACAACAGCCGACAAUGAGAACAAUGUAUACUUAGAUUUUGAACUGUCC